AUGGGUGGGAGGUGGCUCAAUAACAAGGACCACUCGUUUCGUACACACUUCGUGCAGCAACCAACAGCUGAAACUAUGGGAGCAGGCGAAGGUCUUGGAGAAGGAUCUGGACGAGGCAAGCUUUGUCCAGGGAUCAUCUGGUCCUUUAUCUGGCUCAUCAUCCUUAUCUUCCUUGGCUGGCCCAUCGGGUUCCUCAUCGCCUGGCUCUACGUGCUGCUGAUUCCCUUCAGCGCCUGCAUUGAUCCCAUCAAGGGAGUCUGCGAGGCCAUCCUGAAGCUUGUCCAACUGCCUCUGACCUGUGCCGAGGGGAUCGUGAAUAUGAAGCCACUUUGUUAG